AUGGUACUAAAAAUUCCAUAUAGUACUGUACUGACUACAGCCAUAGUUACAUCAUGUAAAAAUGGUGCAACAGGGACUUGGAUUGGAGAUGACAGAGAAAAAUGGCAAAUGGAAAUUUCAGGGCCACCCAGUACUCCUACAACUUGCCAUACUGUCAGUGACAUGAAAAAGUCUAUACAAAUUGAUAUAUUGAAUUUGGUGGGCAUCCUAAGUAACCAUCUUGAUCUUGAUGUGAAAAUUGCAAAAGAAGUUAAAGUGUUCAGCUAG